AGCAAAUUCAGGUUUUUUUAUUGUUAACAUUAAUUAAGAAAGAUGCCCCGUGUUCACGACCUUUGUGCCCGUAUUCAGAAUGGGUUCCGUGCCAGACUUCAGACGAUUGCGAUACCCGAGACCAAGAUGAAUUUGGCCGUGUCAAAUAUCCUUUACAAGGAAGGCUUUUUAUCUUCAGUUACUCGUGGUAAUCAUAUGGCACCUGAUCAAGCAUAUACCCCCACCACCAAUGAGAAUGUAGCCACUCGACGUCUUUGGCUCUCUCUCAAGUACAAGGAAAAUAACCCUGCCUUGUCCAGCUUAUCACUUAUCAGCAAGCCUUCAAAGAAGGUUCACUUUACUGUCAACGAGUUGAAGAAUGUCGCCAGUGGUAGAAGAGCUCAAUUCAUCAAGCCUCUUCAACCUGGAGAAAUCGCUAUUGUCAACACUAACCGUGGUGUGUUGGAAGUCCAAGAGGCUAUCGAAAAGAAUGUGGGUGGUGAGCUUAUCUGCCGUGCAUCCUAAUUUUUGACGUUUACCUAAAAAUAAACAAAAUAAAAAAAAAAACUAGAUUUGUAUCAUACUUGACCUGAUUAUUAUUAUACAACUGUGAGAAAAAAGAAAGAAAGUAACUUCCCACACCCACGCUAAUGUCAAAUACUAGUA